AACUCAUUCUUUUGCUCUUUGAUUAAAAAGCAAUUUGCUUUGCCUCUGUUUUCAGCCAUUUUCUCACCUUGGGUUCCUUUUCUUCAUCUCCAAAAUCCCCUUUUCUCUUCCGAUUAAAAAUGGGGUUUUCUAAAAAAUCACAAGUAGAUGGAGUGCUAGAUUCCCCAGGGAAGAAAUGGGUAUUAACGGGUAUUGCUAUUAAGACAUCAUUGAAGCUAAUAAACACAAAACCAAGAGCAAAACAAAGAGAAGAAGAAGAAGAAGAUGAUGAAGAAGAAGAAGAAGCUCGUUCAACGACUCCAACUUCAAGGGAAGCAAGAAUACCAGACAAACUACCUUGCCCUCCGCCGCCAAGGAAACGCCGGCCUACUUUAAGACACCAUUAUAAUGGGGUUAGGGAGUUCUUUACGCCUCCUGAUUUGGAAACAGUUUUCAAGCUGCGCCAUGUUGAGAAAGCAAUCUGAGCUUAACCUUACUCC